AUGAGUACUACGGAUAUGUGGUCACGCGUUUCAGAAGUUCUGAAAAAUAAAGACUUCGUCCAAGACGUGUCGGGUUUUGAUCGUCGAGCGCUUAUCAAGCAGGCAAAUGAUUUAAAAGGACCGCGUAUGCGACUAUUGCAUUGGUCUCAGAUUGUGCAAACACGACGAAUACCGCAUAGCGAUGACAAUCUUACUGUUGAUGCGAUCGAAGGAAUCAAUAUGUAUGGUGCUGCCCGAUGUGAGAUAUUUAUGGUUAGUCAUCGCUGGUUGCGACCAAGUUUAAAUCCAGUCGAAGCUCAUCCAGAUUCAGUGGCAAAUGAGAAGGCAAGAGCAUUAAACGAGUUUUCACGUUGGAGAAGGACGUGGGUGUAUAAACAACAUGGUUUUUCGCCAGAAAUUUUCUAUUGGAUCGAUUUUUGUUGCAUUGAUCAACAUAACAUGAUAUCGGCAAUUCCGCUGCUCCCACUCUGGGUGGCAUGCUGCGAGCGUUUCCUAAGAAUCGAAACUGAAGAUUAUCAUGAGCGAGCAUGGUGUAGACUGGAGCCGUUGCUAUCGUAUGUAUUUCAGUUUGCUGAUCAUCAUACGGUGAUAAAGCUAGACUUCAAGUGUCCAAGGACAGGGCUUCACUGUGGGACCGAGACAAUGACAACAAUUCUUGACCCCAGAGAAGGCAAGUUCACAGAUCCAAGCGAUAUGAUAAAGGUCGAGCCAAUUAUUGAAUUAGCUAUGACUUUAAAAGUUCAGAAGAACAAACAAGAACUCAAUUUUGGACAGACAACAAUCAAAUGUUUUUUGUUAUAA